AUGGCGGAGGGUGUCCUGCAGGGGAGGGAUGAUGGAGACUUCGAUCUGGACCUCUUCUUCUUUGGAGCCGAAGCUUCAGCAGUGCCAUCUGAGAUUGCGCCGGUCUUAGACCGGGGGGCGGAGCCUUGUGCCGGGAAUGGUCAGACGACUAUAGCGAAUACAGUAAAUGACACAUCUGGUGGCAGCACCAUGCGAUCUGGUCAGCAAGGCAUGGCACCUUCUCAGUUGAUACCGCCUGGGAUCCCACUCAUGAACUCUGACCUCUCCUCGUGCUAUCCUCGAGACUCUUCUUGGGGCGUAUGCACCUCCAAUAGUCUCCAGGGAACCCCUUCCACCAGCUCUGUGGAGAAAGCCAUUCCGGGGGAGCGGAGUCCCAGCGACAUCACCAGUAUCAUUGCUCAUCUCCGAAGCCUCGCCACCGAAACCUCCAAUACCUGUGCCAGAGCGGAUCUGGAGAAGACCGGGUCAAGUUCCAGCAAGGAGACUGAGACGGUAGGCAAUGGGCCGGGCACUCCGGCCGCCACGGAGGUCAGCUUACAGGAGAGUGCGGGUCAUCAGCUGGACCUUCAAGGUGGCUUUGCCGGCAGCCAAUAUCCCUUCGUCAAUGUGGAAGCUAACUUCAAGAGGAAGUCCAACCCGAAGAUCUACAUCUGCUCCGAGUGCGGAAAGACGUGCCCCUGCCAGUCGGCCUACACCCGUCACCAGAGGAUUCACACCGGGGACAAACCGUACGCCUGUACCGACUGCGGGAAAAGUUUUAUUCAGAUCUCGGACUACAACAACCACGUCAGGUCCCACACCGGUGAGAAGCCAUAUACCUGCGCAGAGUGCGGGAAAAGCUUCAGUCGCAGCACCUACCUGGUGACGCAUUCCAGGACGCACACCAAAGAGAAGCCGUACACCUGCAACGUGUGCGGGAAAAGCUUCAUCCAGCACUCGCACCUCUCAUUACACCUGAGGAUUCACAGCGGGGAGAAGCCGUACAUCUGCAUCGAGUGCGGGAACAGCUUCAGUCGAAGUUCCACCUUGGUGAAGCACAAGAAGUCCCAUCGCAGGAAGACUCUGCACAUAUGUCAGAAGAAGAACGGGGAAGAGGUGGCCUGUAACUUCACUCAAAACACCCCGCCCACGUGGGGAACCAGCUCCGUGCCAGAGGAACCAUCGGACGCUCCCCUGAGGUCCCCAGAAGUCACCCUCGUCAAAUCCGAAGCCGAUGAGGGCGAGGAGUGCUAUCCACAGGAGGUGGACUGCCAGACUCCGUACCGGGAGGAGAUGAUAAAACCCAUACGGAUCACACUAGAGAAAUAUCUCUCUCAGGAGACAGACGACCCCUCUGGACCUCUUCAGAGGAAGGUUCUGUGGAAGAAGAAACCACAGUGUGUUGAGGAAGAAGGUGACAACGCCACGUGUAAUGGUGACACGGAAACUUCUGUGACGGAGGUGAAUGACCGUAAGACGGGGGGGAAAGUCUGUCACCUCAGUGGAACAUCUCAGGACCACAGAAGCUGUAUCCCCCAGCCCCCGAGCUUGGCGCCGGUCACCAGUAAUGGUCCGGCAGAGGCUCCAGAGCCUGAUGACUCCAUGUCUUCAACCACAACGGUAACCAAAUGUGAAGUGACCGAUCCCCCAGACAGCUCGUACCUCAAUACAGACUUUAGCACAGUGUUCAGCACUUCUGAGGAGACCUCCAGUGUUGGCGACCUCCAGAGGACACCUAGGCAGUCGCUCUUCAUCUGCAGUUACUGCGGAAAGAGUUGUCCGUGUAAGUCCGCAUUUCUCCGACACCAGAGGAUUCACACUGGAGAAAAGCCCUUCUCCUGCUUCGAGAGUGCGGCAAAAGCUUCAUCCAGGCCUCAGACUAUAACAAUCACAUGCGGUCCCACACGGGGGAAAAGCCCUACACCUGCGCCCAGUGCGGCAAGAGCUUCAGCCGCAGCACCUACCUGGUGACGCACUCCAGAACGCACACCAAAGAGAAGCCCUACAACUGCAAAGAGUGCGGCAAAAGCUUCAUCCAGCACUCGCACCUUUCCAUACACCGCCGUAUCCACAGCGGGGAGAGGCCCUACUCCUGUCCGGAGUGCGGCAAACAGUUCAACCGCAGCUCCACCCUUGUCAAGCACCAGAAAUCGCACAUCAAAAAAACCAACGCCAUGGAGAAAGCUAAGAUGGCUUCCAUGUCUCCGCCAUCCUCGCAGAACCGUUCACAGAAACUUGCCGAAGAAAGUCUGA